CCAGAAAUGAGCGUGGGGAAGAACAAGUGGCGAAUUGUAGAUAAAAAGAAAGCAUGUGCGCCUGCUAUAAAGCGGAAAAAAACUGUGGUCAACGUAGAUCAAUUGAAGGCGGAAGUGCAGAUGGAUGACCAUCAAAUUGAGAUCGAAGAGCUGUGCGAACGACUGAAUACCGAUGUAAUUAUCGGCCUCACAGAAUCUGAGGCACAGGCCCGUUUGGCGCAAUAUGGACCGAAUUCUCUUGCCCCACCGAAACAGACCCCGGCAUUUUGUAGAGUGAUCAAAUGUUUAACUGGUGGAUUUUCAUUGCUACUGUGGACUGGGGCAGCUCUUUGUUUCGCAGCUGCAGCGAUUGAGUUCACAUCGACCAGAGAUCCAGAACUGGACAAUCUAUGGCUUGGAACGGUUCUCACGGUCGUGGUAAUCGUCUCGGGGCUGUUCACUUACUAUCAAGAGUCCAAAUCAUCUCGCAUAAUGGAAAGUUUCAGCAGUAUGGUUCCUCAAACGGCCCGGGUAAUUCGUGAAUCAGAGCUUACCUCAAUCGAAGCCGAUAAGCUAGUGCCUGGGGAUUUAGUUGAGAUCAAAUACGGUGAUCGGAUCCCAGCUGAUAUUCGAUUGAUCUACACUCGAGCACCGAACUGUACAGAUGCGAACCCACUGGAGACAAAGAAUCUAAUAUUUUUCUCAACCAACGCAGUUGAAGGGACCGGUAGGGGAAUUGUAAUACGGACAGGUAAUCAAACAGUGAUGGGACGAAUUGCUGAACUCACAACAACCAUAGAAAAUCAGCAAACACCACUCGGUCGGGAACUGGCCCAUUUUAUACGCAUCAUCACUAUUGUGUCUGUGAUUAUUGGGGUUUCAUGUACUUCAGCCGCGUUCUACGUGGGUUACUCAUGGAUUGAGGGUACUCUAUUUCUUUUGGGCAUUAUUGUGGCUAUGGUACCCGAGGGACUAUUGCCUACGGUCACUGUGGCAUUGGCUCUAACCGCGCGUCGUAUGGCAGCGAAAAAUUGUCUGGUACGAAAUCUGGAAGCGGUGGAAACCUUGGGUUCGACCAGUGCAAUUUGUUCGGAUAAGACCGGCACGUUGACACAAAAUCGGAUGACAGUCGCACAUAUUUGGAUAAAUCAUACGAUUAUUGAAGCAGACGACGAGGAAGAAUUACAGAGCGAGGAGUACAAGGAUACGUGGAUUGCACUCAGUCGGGUGGCUAUGUUGUGCAAUCGUGCUGUGUUUCGUAAAAAAUCACAAAACGAACCGAUUCUUCGACGCGAGUGUAUCGGAGAUGCAUCGGAGGCAGGAAUACUGAAAUAUUUUGAGGCCACUGUGGGUGCUACAAUGCGUUUUCGAGAUUUACAUCCCAAAGUGGUCGAAAUCCCGUUCAACUCCUCCCUGAAGUUUCAAGUUUCCGUUCACACGGAUCAGACGGAAAACUCGAAUUUUCUCCUCGUGAUGAAAGGUGCCCCGGAACGCGUGAUGGAACGAUGCUCGACCAUACUAGUCAACGGUCAAGAAUUGCCAUUAGAUGAGACACAACGCAAGGCAUUCGAUGAGGCCUACUUAACUCUGGGACAAAUGGGUGAACGGGUUUUGGGAUUUUGUGAUUACCGGUUGCCUGCUAGCAAAUAUGAUUUGGAUUAUCCUUUUGAUUCAGAAGAAAUGAAUUUUCCGCUCGAAGGACUAAGGUUUAUUGGCUUGGUCUCAUUGAUCGAUCCACCACGCGUAUCGGUGCCGGAAGCUGUGACCAAAUGUCGAAAAGCAGGCAUCUUGGUAGUGAUGGUCACCGGAGAUCAUCCGAUCACAGCAAAAGCUAUUGCCAAAUCGGUUGGGAUUCUGUCCCCGGACAGUAAAACCGUGGAAGAUUUAGCUGAGGAACGUGGGGUAGCAGUGGCCGAUAUUGAUCCACGAGAGGCGAAUGCAUGUGUGAUACACGGAGGUGACUUACGAGAAAUGAAUAUCCAUCAAUUGGAUCAACUAUUGAGACAGCAUAGUGAGUUUGUAUUUGCUCGAACUAGUCCACAACAGAAACUUUUCAUAGUGGAAGGUUUUCAACGGCAGGGUAGAUUUGUAGCCGUGACCGGAGAUGGUGUCAAUGAUAGUCCAGCCUUGAAGAAAGCCGAUAUCGGGGUGGCCAUGGGCAUUUCCGGGAGUGAUGUGAGUAAACAAGUGGCGGACAUGAUUUUGCUGGAUGACAAUUUCUCCACCAUAGUUCGCGGAGUGGAAGAAGGUCGGAUUAUUUUUGACAAUCUGAAAAAAUCGAUCGCUUACACAUUGACAUCCAAAAUUCCGGAACUGUUACCGUUUGUGUUUUUUAUGUUGCUUAAUAUACCACUGGUUUUGGGAACCGCGACCAUCUUAUGCAUUGACCUUGGAACAGAUAUGUUCCCUGCGAUCUCAAUGGCUUACGAGAAUCCCGAGAGUGAUAUUAUGCAAAGAAAACCACGUGAUCCGAAAGGGGAUCGAUUGGUCAAUGCCCGAAUGCUCUCAAUGGCUUUUCUACAGAUCGGAAUGAUUCAAGCGGCAGCGGGAUUUUUCGGCGCUUUAGCCGUACUGGCCGAGAACGGGUUCACACCGCUCAUGAUUUUCGGGAUUCGGAAAAACUGGACAUCGCGAGCUGUGAACGAUUUGCAAGACUGGUACGGACAAGAGUGGACCUACGGUCAACGAAUGGAAUUGCAAAAAGCCGCAUACACUGCGUUCUUUGCCGCGGUGGUCAUUUCCCAAUGGGCUGAUCUAAUCAUUUGCAAGACACGACGUUUGUCUAUAUUUCAUCAAGGAAUGUACAACAACAAACUAACUUUAGCAUUAUAUUUCGAAAUUACUUUAGCCAUAUUCCUAUCCUACAUGCCGGGGAUAAGCAAAGCCAUACAACUGUAUCCAAUGCUCUAUCAAUGGUGGUGGCCUUCCAUGCCAUUUGCUCUGCUCAUUGUCGUAUACGACGAAGUACGGAAGUGGAUUAUUCGACGAUAUCCAAAUGGUUGGAUUGAAAAGGAAACAUACUACUGA